AGAGCCAGCCUGGGCCGGGAAGGCGGCCAGAGAUGGAGCCAGAGGUCGGAGCUGGUGGUCCAUGAGGAGGUUCCUGAUGGGGAGAAGGCCCACAAGUGCGAGGAGUGUGGGAAGAGCUUCAGGUGGAACUCCCAGCUGAUUGUGCACCAGAGGACCCACACUGGGGAACGGCCCUACGAGUGUGAUCAGUGCAGGAAGAGGUUUCAGACCAGCUCUGAUCUCCUCAUGCACCAGCGCACGCACACAGAGGAGAGGCCCUUCCGCUGCCCCGACUGCGGGCAGGGCUUCAGGCGGAACUCCCAUCUUGUCACGCACCAGCGCAUCCACAAUGGGGAGAGGCCCUACGAGUGUGAGGAAUGUGGGAAGAGCUUCAGGCAGAGCUCCACCCUGAUCCAGCACCUGAGGACCCACACUGGGGAACGGCCCUACGAGUGUGGGGAGUGUGGGAAGAGAUUCAGCCAGCGUUCCAGCUUGAUUGUCCACCAAAAGAUCCACACUGGGGAGAGGCCCUACGCGUGUUCCAAGUGUGGGAAGGGGUUUCGGAUCCACUCCCAUCUCCUCCAGCACUAUCAGAGUCACACAGAAGAGAGGCCCUUCUGCUGCCCCGACUGCGGGAAGGGAUUCAGGCAGAACUCCAACCUCGUCACCCACCGGCGCAUCCACACUGGGGAGAGGCCCCACGAGUGUGAGGAAUGUGGGAAGAGCUUCAGCUGGAGCUCCCACCUGAUCCGGCACCAGAGAACCCACACUGGGGAAUGGCCCUACGAGUGUGGGGAGUGUGGGAAGAGAUUCAGACAUCGCGCCAAUCUGAUUUUGCACCAAAAGAUCCACACUGGGGAGAGGCCCUAUGAGUGUUCCAAGUGUGGGAAGGGGUUUCAGACCCGCUUCCAUCUUUUCCGGCACUAUCAGAGUCACACAGAGGAGAGGCCCUUCUGCUGCCCCGACUGUGGGAAGGGAUUCAGGCAGAACUCCAACCUCGUCACCCACCGGCGCAUCCACACUGGGGAGAGGCCCUACGAAUGUCCCCAGUGUGGGAAGAGCUUCUCCAGCAGCUCUCACUUGACCCGACACCAACGGAGGCACCGCGGCGAGAAGCCCCACAAGUGCGAGGAGUGUGGGAAGAGCUUCAGGCACAGCUCCAACCUGAUCAGGCACCAGAGGACCCACACUGGGGAGUGGCCCUACGAGUGUGAUCAGUGCAGGAAGAGGUUUCAGACCAGCUCUGAUCUCCUCGUGCACCGGCGCACGCACACAGAGGAGAGGCCCUUCCGCUGCCCCGACUGCGGGCAGGGCUUCAGGCGGAACUCCCAUCUUGUCACGCACCGGCGCAUCCACACUGGGGAGAGGCCCCACGAGUGUGAGGAAUGUGGGAAGAGCUUCAGGCAGAGCUCCAAUCUGAUCCAGCACCAGAGGACCCACACUGGGGAACGGCCCUACGAGUGUGGGGAGUGUGGAAAAAGCUUCAGCUGGCAAUCCCACCUGAUUGUCCACCAAAAGAUCCACUCUGGGGAGAGGCCCUACGAGUGUUCCAAGUGUGGGAAGGGGUUUCGGACCCACUCCCAUCUCCUCCUGCACUAUUGGAGUCACACAGAGGAGAGGCCCUUCUGCUGCCCCGACUGCGGGAAGGGAUUCAAGCACAAGUCCACCCUCGUCACCCACCGGCGCAUCCACCCUGGGGAGAGGCCCUACGAGUGUCCCCAGUGUGGGAAGAGCUUCUCCAGCAGCUCUACAUUGACCCGACACCAACGGAGGCACCGAGGGGUCCCGGCCAUGGCGGGGCAGGACCCCCGGCCCGACCACAGCAUCUGCACCAACAGCCUGGAGGAGAAGAGCCAGAAGGACGCUGGGGGGCUGAGAGUGUCCCUGGAGCUGGAGCAGUCCCUGGGCGCCAUUUUCUGGCCCUUUGGGCAGAUUUUGGACAUUUUGGUGCGGCGCAGUCUCUGCCUGCGGGGCCAGGCCUUCGUCCCCUCCGAGGAGAUGAGCAGCGGCACCAACGCCCCGCGCUCCCUGCAGGGCUUCCCCUUCCACGCUGUGGGAAAAGCCCCGAAGCACAUCCUGUUCCUGCCCCAGCUCCCUGACGAGCCCAAGGAGCUGAUGCUCUCCGUGCUCUGCACCCAGGUCCCGGUUCCAGGAGCUGCGCUGGUGCCCGGGCGCCGCGACAUCGCCUGGCUGCAGUUGGACACCGAGGUGCAGGCGGGCGCCGCCCGCGAGGCCCUGCAGGGCUGCAGCAUCACCCAGAGUAGCGCCAGGAAGAUCUCCUGCGCCAAAAGGUGA